AUGAAGGGUCUUUGCGUUGCUGCCUGCACGCUGGUCCUCGCCGCCGCCACACCUCUCACCCCGAGAGAAAACACCUGCACACAGGGCUCCAAGACUCCGUACGGCGCCCUAACGCACAGUGCCUGCCCCUGCUGGAACUGGUACGAGAUUCAGACGGGCGAUGGCGACUGCGGCAAGGUGGCCAGCAAGUUUGGCGUCAGCCGCGAGGACGUCAUCCGGGUGGAACCCGGACGUGUCACUCCUCCCAACCCUCUUCCCACGCCUCCGUGCAACGCCGCCGACGCUCCGUAUCCAGUCGGCAAGGGCACCGUCUGCGGCUGCAAGAAAUGGUACCGGAUUCGGCGUGGUGAUGACUGCGGCCCUGUCGCUUCCGAGUUUGGCAUUUCGGCGGACCAGCUCAUCGAGUGGAAUCCUUGGCUGUCGGCCGACGUCGACGGUACUCACUACCCUUGCAUGAAUAUAUGGCCCACGGAUAACCUCUGUGUUGAUGUCUCAUCAUUUUAA